UUGCAGCAAACUUCUGCUUCUCCUCCUGGGCAUUUCUGGGCAGGACGCUGGGGUGUCCUGCUCCAUCUCCCCACCUGAUCCGCAAGGAGCUCAAGAUGUGGAGCCUGUGGGCCAUGCUCAUCUGCCUGGCUGGAGGGCAGCUUGCCAGUGCCACACUCUGCAGGACUUAUGGCACCAUCCCAGGCAUCCCAGGAUUGCCAGGACAGCCUGGCAGCGAUGGCAGGGAUGGAGAGAAUGGCCCAAAGGGAGAACAAGGACCCCCUGGCCUGGGAGGAGCAGAGAGAGGGGAGAAGGGAGACCCAGGACUACCGGGACCGCCUGGGAAGGUCGGUCCCAGGGGCGCACCAGGUUCACCGGGCAUGGCAGGUUCGGUAGGAAUGCCUGGGCCCAUGGGAGAGCCUGGUGACUACAAGACCACCUUCAAAUCAGCGUUCUCGGCUGCCAGGGGCAUCAGCUCGUACCCCCGGCGGGACCAGCCCGUCCGCUUCGAGCGCAUCAUCACCAACGAGAAGGGGCACUACGAGAACCGCUACGGCCGCUUCACCUGCCGCGUACCCGGCACAUACUACUUCACCUACCACGUCACCUCCCGGGGAAACCUCUGCCUCAACAUCAAAAAGGGCCGGGGUGCCAGCAGGGGAGACAGGGUAGUGACCUUCUGUGACUUCGUGAACAGCAGUUUCCAGGUCACCACGGGAGGUGUGGUUCUCCAGAUGGCCAUGAACGAGUCGGUGUGGCUGGAGCCGACCGAGAAGAACUCCUUGGUGGGGCUGGAAGGGUCUGACAGUAUCUUCUCUGGUUUCCUCAUCUUCCCUGAGGCUUAGCCCGCUGGAGCAGUGUCUGUGGCCAGCCUGUGCAGCCCUGCAGAGCUGAGGACUCCCCUGGAAACUCUUUGCUCCCAGAUCGGUGUUUGAGGCACAAUGCUGCCAUUCCUUCACAAUAAAUGACAGCUCUUCGCACUA